GCCGCGCUCCAUGACGUCAGAGACCAAUGGCUGCCGCCGCAGCUGCCGCGCCGGAAUCCUGGCAGGCGGCUGGUCCGCGGAAGAGGCGCUCGGCGGCGCGACGGCCACGGCGGAGGCAGGCGGCGCCCCGGUACCCCGAGGCGGAAUUCGAGGCUGACAGCGGAGUCGUGCUUCGUCGCAUCUCGGACGCUGAGAAGGACCUACUUAUCUCUGAUUUCUGGAGUUCAGCACUAGAAACCAUCAAUAAAUGUCUCACAAAACAUCUGGAACAGCUCAAGGCCCCUGUGGGGACUCUUUCGGACACCUUUGGAAACCUGCAUCUUGACUCAUCGUCAGAUGAGUCAGAUGUGGCCCCUGACUCUAUCCCAGGAGGGACCCUGGGCACAGGAACCUGCCUUUGGAAGUGUGUGUGUUACGGCAUUGGGAACUUUGCCACCUGCAUCAUUGCUAGAAACCAGCUAACGUUUUUGCUGCUUUUGUUGGAGAAGUGCCAGAUUCCCAGAAGUCACUGUUGGGUGUAUGACCCUCUGUUCAGCCAACUUGAAAUUGACGUACUUAACACCCUUGGUGUGACUGUUCUCAGUGAGAACGAGGAAGGGAAACGGAGUAUUCGCGGGGAGGCCACCAUCUUUUACAUGCUCCAUUGUGGGACGGCCUUGUACAACAAUCUUCUAUGGAGUAACUGGUCAGUAGAUGCCCUUUCUAAGAUGGUCAUCCUUGGGAACAGUUUCAAAGGACUGGAGGAGAGGUUAUUGGCAAGGAUUCUGCAGAAAAAUUAUCCCUACAUUGCAAAGUAUCAUAGUCCAUGAUAUCCACUGUCCUUGGGGCAACCAAUUCAUUGUGCAAAGCAUUUAAAUUGAAAUAUCCUCUUUGUUAUUUUUUUAAAAAGAACAGCGGGGAUAACAAGUAACAUGGAAAUUUAACCCAAAGAGUGGGGAUUACUGUGACUAUCAAGUUUUCAUGCUUGAAUUUUUCUGCUCAGAUUUUAAAAGGACUGGAGGAGCUUGAGUUUCCUCAGACUUCACAGUACAUGGACAUGUUUAAUGACACCUCCAUCCACUGGUUCCCUGUACAAAAGCUAGAACAGCUCUCCACAGAUACUUGGGAGUUUCGGGAGGAACCAGAUUAUCAGGACUGUGAGGACCUUGAAAUCAUCAGGAACAAGACAGAAGAUCCUUCAGCUACUGACUGAACUCACUGUCAUUUACUCAUUGUUGGCUGAGGUAGAGACUAACGUGGACAAACUACAGGGAACUCCUUUGCCAGGAAUUCACGUCAACUCGGCUGUCCUGUUCUGAGGACGAUACCCCACAUAAUUGGUAUAAGAUGCACACGCUGCUAAGUGA